UCCGACCACUACCUCGAGGUACUCGCUCAAUCAUCCCCGGAAGUUCCUGACCGGUAAUGGGUGGCUGCGCGACCAAACCUAAGGAGUUCAGCAAAUCUGCCGAACCUCCAGUGAAGUCCAAGAAAUCUCAACCUGAGACCGGUGAUCAUGACAAUACUGAUGGAGGUGAGAACAAGACCGAGGAAACUUCGGUGGAAGUUUCUGAACCGAAGGUUGAGGCUCAACCCUUGUCUUCUGAUGAACCAGAGGCUGGUGGUGGUGGUGAACCGAUUUCUUCAAAGGAUGAUGAUGACGCGGUGGAGCCGGUAAAGAAGGCUGAAGUUGAUCAAGAAUCGAGCGGGGAAGAAGCUAAAAGCAAUGAAAACAAGGAGGAAUAGCUGAGCCUAUAACCGGGUUCGUGAUGAUCCGCGUUAUAUCUCGCAUUGUUCUUAUGAUUAAUUUGUGGCAAUUGAAAGCCGGAUUGUAAUUCAUAAUUAUUGUCACUAUGUAAUUCAUA